UGUAGCUGUAGCUGUAGCAGUAGCAGCGGAGCAAAAAUUGCGGAAUAUACUUUGCUCUGUUCUGCAAAAUCCUCCUUACUCUCUCUGUUUCUGUGCCUCAUCAUCACCACCGAAAUCAAGCUCUUCAAUUUUCUUCUGGGUCUCACUCUCUCUGUGCAAAAAGCUAUGGACUUUAUUUCAGAUUUUGUAUUGACGAUUGCUCUGUGUUUCCUGGUACCUUUCUUGCUUUGCUUCCUUUUGCCUGUGAUUGUUGCUUUGUGUCCGAGCAGGGAUGACCAUGCGGGAAAAAGACGGGUUCUUUAUGAGUGCAAGCCCAAAACUCAUGAGUGGGAGAGUGAGGUAGGUAGUGGGUUUGUUGAGAAAGCUGCGGAAGGUGAUGAGUUUUUGGGUGAGCCCAAAAAGGAAAGUUUGGUUCUUGAGGAGUUUGUGGAUGAGGGUUUGGAUGAAAAUGAAGUUUUGAGAGGUGAUGGAGUUGGUUGUUGGAAGGAGAAGAGUGUUGAGGAAGAAAGGUUUGAUGGUUUGUGUGAGAGUGAAUGUGAAUGUGAAUGUGUAGAGAACGUUUUUGAUGAAAGUUCAGAGAGGUGUGAAUUUGGGGGAGUUGAGUUUGAUUUGGGGAAAAAUGAAGUGGGGGUUGUUUGUUUGCCGGAGAAGAAUGUUGAAGAAGAAAACUUUGAUGGGCAUGGUGGUGUAGAGAACUUGUUUGAUGAAAGUUGUGAGAGGCGUGAGUUUGGUUUGGGGAGAAAUGAAGUGGGGGUUGUUUGUUUGCCGGAGAAGAAUGUUGAAGAAGAAAACUUUGAUGGGCGUGUUGGGGUAUGUGGGUAUGUAGAUUACUUGGUUGAUGAAAGUUCUGAGAGGCAUGAAAAUGAAAAUGAAAAUGGCGGGCUUGAGUUUGAUUUGGACCAAGCAGGAGUUGUUACUUUGCCUGAGAAGAAUGUUGAACAAGAAAGCUGUGAUGGGGAUGGUGGUGUGUGUGGGUGUGGAGAGAACUUGGUUGAUGAAAGUUCCGAGAGGCAUGAAUUUGGAGAAAUUGAGUCUGAUUUGGCAAGAAAUGAAGUGGGGGUUGUUUGUUUGCCGGAGAAGUAUGUUGAGGAAGAAUGCUCUGCUGGGGAUGUUGGUAUAUGUGGCUGCGUGGAGAACUUGGUUGGUGCAAGUUCCGAGAAGCAUGAAUUUGGCGAAAUUGAGUUUGGUUUGGCAAGAAACCAAGUGGGAAUUCCGGAAAGUGAAGAGAUCAUCGUGUCAAAGUGUGAUGGAAAUGAUGGAACUGAUGAAGCCAAGAACAAUGUAGUUGAUGGUGAAGUUAAUGAGGGGUUCUUCAGUGAGGAUAAUGAUUGGGAGGAUAUAGAAAGAACUGAAUUGGAGAGGCUCUUUGGUGCUGCAGUGGUGUUUGUCGGGUCUAAGAGUAAUGCUGAUAGAGUUUCAAGUCUUGGGAGUGAUGUGAAGAUGAGGUUGGAUGGGCUUCACAAGAUUGCUACUCGAGGGCCUUGCUUGGAACGCCAGCCUAUGGCAUUCAAGGUCUCGGCAAGAGCAAAAUGGAAUGCUUGGCAUCAGCUUGGCAACAUGAGUGCAGAGGUAGCAAUGGAGCAGUACAUCACCCUUCUUUCAGAAAGUAUUCCUGGGUGGAUGCAAGAUGUUCAUGGUGACUUUGCAGAUCCCCAAGUACAUGAGACGGUAACUGCUGAUCUGAACACAUUGAUUCAAAACCAAUCAGAAGCUGCAGGUGUAAGAAAAGUAGAAGAACUAAAGCCUGAUGUUAAAGGUUUAGAUGAGAUUGGGGUGGGGGUCGUAACUCAUUGAGCAAGGUAUCCAUUCAGUUAGUGGUGUUAUGGUGUAUGUUUUUGCCAAUUGUUCAUAAACAAGGUUGUUCAUAAACAAGGUAGGCAUCUUCAGGAUAGCAGAGGUUGCCAACUACCAAGGCCAAAAGCUCGCAUCAACAAUUGGAAACUCUCAACUAUGAUUUGUACAUAUUGCAUUGGUGUUGAUCAUAAAGAUUUCAACCUUGUGUUCAUGGUUUUAGAUGUAUCCCAUUCAUCCUUUGUUUCCAUCAGCAAGUGAAUUGUAUUUUUUUGUUUUUUGGCUUUUAACUGUGAAGAAAAAUUUAUAGUGUAAACAUCUCGACACAACUGAUGGUAUUGGUACAACCAAACAAGCCAAAGAGGUUCCUUUAA